GAUGCAGUGAAUGCCUGGUGCCUGGAUAUAUCUCUGGGAGAUUUCAGACAUGCAAACCAUUUCAUACCCUAUAUUUCAACGGGUCACACCAAAUAUUGCCUUUGUUUCAUUUAUUACUGUUUACUGCACUUGAUAGUAUUUUUGUUUUUUUUUAAAUAGAGAAACAUUUAAUUUAAUUCUUUUUGAAGGCAUCAUUGCUCUAUAGCAUAGAGCAUUUCUUUGAAUAUUUAUAAUAUAACUUUAUAUAUAUAUAUACAGUAUAUAUAAUUAAAGGUCCCCAUGGGUGAGGAAUUUACUGUCUAUUUUUUGCCGUAGAAACAUUCAAGGUGGCCUAACUGCUCUAAAAAUAAUUUCUUUUCAUGUGUACCAUACCUUCACUGCAUACCACUCCAGUACCAUAUAUAGACAGACCAACCUCAUGACCUGCAUGUUCUACAGGCUCUCUGCCUUUCUCAAAACAUCUGUUUAACUGCUUUUCCCAGCACACAGGAUAACAAGAUUAAGACAAAGAACAAAAGAAAAUGAAUGCAUGCUACAUACUUGUCUCACACACACAGAGACACACAUACAAAAAAGAACAUAUAUAUUUAAACGAUGGGAAGAAAAUAAAAAGUAUGUAAGAGAUAUGGGUGGAGGCAGAGAAGGUAGAAAGGGAGUGCUCAAAGGUAUGUGUGUGUGUGUGUGUGUGUGUGUGUGUGUGUUCUCUGUUUAAAAGGGGGGAUGCAUGUACCUCUCUAAUGAAUUGACAAAGGUCCUGUGGUCUGUUCAUCAUCUUCAUCUUUAUCUGUGCUUCUAACUUUGACUGUGUCUGUGGCAUCAUGGGAAGGCAGAAGGUUUUCAUGGACAAAAUGAUGCAGAUGUUCCACAUACGGAACCUCUUGAUGCGUCAGGCUCUUGCAGAAUGCCUGGGCACCCUCAUCCUGGUGAUGUUUGGCUGUGGUGCUGUUGCUCAGUUGGUCCUGAGUGAAGGAUCGCAUGGAAUGUUCCUAACAGUGAAUUUCGCAUUUGGUUUCGCUGCCACACUUGGGAUUUUGGUGUGUGGCCAGGUUUCAGGUGGCCACCUGAACCCAGCUGUGACCUUUGCCCUUUGCAUCCUGGGUAGGGAACCAUGGAGGAAGUUCCCUGUUUACUUCAUAUUUCAGACUGUGGGUGCCUUCCUUGGAUCUGGAAUAAUAUUUGGCAUGUAUUUUGAUGCACUCUGGGAGUAUCGGAAAGGCAGUCUCAUUGUGCUGGGGGAAAAUGCGACAGCUGGAAUAUUCGCCACGUAUCCAUCCAAACAUCUCAGCCUGUUUAACGGCUUCUUUGACCAAGUGAUUGGCACAGCAGCGCUGAUCGUGUGUAUACUCGCCAUUGUGGACCCGUAUAACAACCCAAUCCCACGUGGGCUAGAAGCCUUCACUGUAGGCUUCGUGGUUUUGGUUAUUGGCCUUUCUAUGGGAUUUAACUCAGGCUACGCCGUGAACCCCGCCAGAGACCUCGGACCACGAAUCUUUACCUCACUUGCAGGCUGGGGCGGUGAAGUCUUCACGGCAAAUGAUUACUGGUUCUUUGUUCCGAUCUUUGCACCAUUUAUCGGUGCCAUGGUGGGCGUUUUGGUGUACCAACUGAUGGUGGGAUACCAUUUGGAGGGCGAAGCCCAAGACAGGGAAGAAGCAGUGACCCGUGAAGAGAAAGAAAGACUGAAGUCAUGCAAAGUGUCUGGAUAAAAUGCCACUGUGUAAAAUCCCACUUACAAAUCAUCAGCUUUUUGUUGUUGUUGUUGUUGUUGUUGUUGUUGUUACAGUCAUUUCUUGCAGUCUGAAUCCCAGACGUUAUGGCUUUCAUGUUCGCUUUGACAUUAAGAUCUCAUAUUUCCUCUACUCUCCAUGCUAAAUCCCAGACAAUAUAACUCCCAUGUUUUCGUUGGCAUAUAACGUUUGAUUGCCUUUGUAUAGUCGUCUGAUAGUCACGUCCUACCUAAAUCCCAGAAUGUUUGUCUUCUCUUAUUCACUGCAUUUAAUGUAUAACUAGACAAGUCUAGACAGGGCUAAAUCCUGCACUAAAACCAAAAAAUCCUAACUUCUGAUAUAUUAGUGUUGUUCAAGACCAGUUGAGUCUUAAACACCAAUAAGAGCAAAGCAAAACUAUUUCAAACAUGUGUAUUGUUUCUUUAUACAUGUAUUGGAAAGAAUCAGAAACUUACAGUAUUUCUCCUUCAAGCGUGUUGACAUACUUCAUGUGUAUAAUUAAGAGCAACAAGAAGGAAGACUAGGGCCAGAACAAGAUAAUAACUUAAUAUCAUAAAUCUAGUACCAACAAGGCUUUCAUAAGAAGACAAAAUUAGAGAAGCAGAGUAAUAUAUAUAUACUUACGGUUAGAAUUUCACCUUGACUAGAGCAUAUUCCUAAAGAUGACCUCCAUCUCUACUUUAUAUAUAACUUAUUUGAAUUAAAUGUAACAUUCAUUAUAAGAAGGAAUAACAGGAGUCCUAAAUUCUCAGUCGUUCCUAAAUUACUGUCAUUACUUUAAUGUUAUGCUGAAUAUGUUAUGUUCUUUUGUUCACUUUCUAUUCAUCUAUUUUUUAAAAAAUAUUUUAAUAUUUUUAGUAUUAAUAUUAUCCAUUCGUGUAUUUCAGUAUAAUGACAUUUUUUAACUGUGUGCAUAAUUUAGACGCUUUUUUUUUUUUUAUCUUUCAUAUAUGUAUCUACAAAGGAAAUGUUGAAUUAUUACUGCUCGUAUUUUUCCAGCUAAUAUUUGCAUUCCCUUUCUUUCACACACAAUGAUGGAAGUUGUAAAAUAAAUCAAAACGACCAGUUUCGUCGUCUGAAAGGAUCUUUGAUGCAUUCUUUAUAACCUGAAUGCAUGUUCUUGCAUUUAGAGAAUUUUCAUCGUGAAUAAAACAUUAAAAACG